AUAGACUUGAAAUAAAACGUACGCAGAAGAUUGCAAAAAAAAAAUAUCACAAUUUACUAAAAUUUUGUCCACAUAAUUUAAAUACAGGAAUGGGUGAGCAAUUGCAUUCACUGUGGAGCUUUAAAGAUCACUUCACGUUCAUAUACACCUGUAAGCCUAGAGAAGUACAAAGUAUCAAACAUGCUAUACUUAUCACGAUGAGCCAACACUUCAAUACUUUUUUACUUCGGUCUCAUUGAAACUGGCUGAGUGUAACCUGCAGCCUUGAGAGAAAUAAAUUGUAGAACGUGGGCUAAAAAUUCCCCCUUUUUUUGGCCUGUUAGAUUCAUUUUUGACGCUAUGCUUACAGUGAAAGACUUAUCGUUAAAUGAGCGUGACAAGUUGAGGAAACUGCAAAAUGAUAUUAGUUUACUGUAUAGCUCAGUUUCUGACCAAUACAUGGAAAACUGGAAAGACGAAUGUCAAAGAGUGACCUAUACAGAUUGUCCGGAGACUGUGUCCAAAGUACAAAAGGCCAUCGCUGAUCUCGGCAUCAGCGACUGCCAAAUCAUACCUGUGGAAUCUGAUUAUUAUGAUUGGGAACUCCAGCAAAGAGCUUUCCGUGUUAACAUGCCUUCAAAAGAACACAUGUGUAAAAGUGUUAUCAUGGAGAAUACUCGCUGCAUGCAUGAAGAUUUUUCAGAUCCAAACUAUUCAAAGUAUUACUGUGUUAUCACCCAGUAUGUCAAGCCAGUCAACACGCAAAAACUAUUGAAUUUCUGUCGUGGUUUGAAGAAUAAAGAGAUUAGUAAAAAGUAUUAUAACUAUCGAUUAGCGCCACCAGAGAUGGCACUUGAAUUGACUGGCUUCGAAAAAGGCGGUGUAGCCCCUCUGGGUAUGAAACAUUCUAUUCCAAUCAUUAUGGCUGAAUCCAUUACCAAAUUGAAGCCUCCGGUAAUAUGUUUAGGAGCAGGACAUAUCGAUUGGAAGCUUAGUAUCCCUAUAUCCACUUUAAUAGAAAAAACCAACUGCUUCGUAGCUGAUUUAGAAUAAAAGAAUAUAAUAGAAUGCGUAUACAGAUUCAGCAUUGUGUCCUUAGUAAUGAAUAUUAUACGCAGAAUCAUAUUGUAAUAAAUUUGUCGAUUAAGCUUUGAUGGCUUUUGUCUUUCUUUUCAGAACAAAA